UAUACGAGAGGUCCGCGGCAUAGCACUACUGCACACUGGCAUACCAGUGCUUCCUUACCUAAAAUUACUCUCAAUUAGCGACCGGCUUUGGUGCAGGGAAUCGCAAUUUAGCCAUUGACGGUGUCAGCAGUCCACUUCUCGGGGCCAAGACUUUCUCACAUUAGCAGGAAUGGCUGCAGCUUUGCAAGCUGGAAGCGUUUGGUUCCGUAUCGCGGCAUUGUCCGGGGCAACUGCUGUCGGAAUGGGCGCUUAUGGAGCUCAUGGCUUUAAACCACAGGACCCCCACUACCUGGAGGUCUACCGGCGCGCCAAUCUGUACCACCUCGUCCACAGCUUGCUGCUGGCCAUCGCACCCAGCACUCGCCGCCCCUGGUUGGUGGGCGGGUUGGCCCUCUCCGGCAUCGCGCUCUUCUCCGGCAGCUGCUACACCGUGGCGCUGCAGCAGAACCGCACCUGGGCCAAACUGGCGCCGUUCGGCGGUAUGACCCUCAUCGCGGCGUGGCUGUCAUUGGCGCUGUGAGCCUCCGCCAUGUAAGCGACCAUGUAAGCCACCGCUCUGUAACCCGCCAUGUAAGCACGGAGCUCAGAACGGAGGGGUUGGCGGGACCGGCGAA